AUGUCAAACACAUGGGAUUUUAUGGACGGUCUUUUUGUGGCAAAUUUGUCGUUUCCAUUCUCUCUCUCUCUCUCUUUUUUUUUUUUUGUUUCUGCCUGCCUGUUGGCUGGUCCGAGGGGGGCCCACGAAGAAGAAGACGAGACACAGACACACAAGACGGAGAGAGAGACAUACGUGGAAGGAGGGAGUGAAAUAGGAAAAAAAAAGACAAAAAACAAUAAUAAUAAAAAAGGGGACAUGAUGCAGUACGGUAACGCUUUAGCGCAGUACGGGACGUACCAGCAGCGUUAUCCGGUUGCUGUUAGCCAAGGCGGGAUUGCUGCCAUUCCUUCCCUUAGUAAAUCCCCAAUGAUUCGCGACGUGUGGGAGGAGAAUUUAGAGGAAGAGUUCAACAUCAUACGAUCCCUGAUCAAAGACUACCCUUAUGUGUCAAUGGACACCGAGUUUCCCGGAGUUGUAGCGAAGCCUGUGGGCAAUUUUAAGGCAACACACGAGUUUUAUUACCAGACACUUCGUUGUAAUGUCAAUUUGCUCAAAAUGAUUCAGCUAGGGAUUACACUACUCAAUGAAAAGGGGGAGGUACCGGAAAACUGCUGCACCUGGCAGUUUAACUUCCGUUUUUGCCUCACAGAGGAUGUGUACGCACAGGAUAGUAUUCAGUUACUCCGCCAUGGCGGCAUUGACUUUGACUACUUUGCGCAGUAUGGGGUUGAGGUGACGCACUUUGCGGAGCUCCUCAUCUCGAGCGGGCUCGUGCUGAACAGCGACAUUCGCUGGCUUGCCUUCCAUGCAGGCUACGACUUUGGUUAUUUGAUGAAGGUGGUCUGCGGCAAGGACCUGCCGGAGAAGGAGGAUGACUUCCUGCAGAUCUUCCACUCCCUGUUCCCGUGCGUGUACGACAUCAAGUACCUCCUGCGCGCCACCGACCUCUCGCACUCGUUGGGUUUAGACCACCUCUCGGAGAGCCUUCGGGUGCGCCGGUUCGGCAUGGCGCACCAGGCCGGCAGCGACUCCCUCCUCACCGGCCACUGCUACUUCAAACUGCUCCGCGACUGCUUCGGCAGCAACCCGCCCGUGGCAAGCAACGGCGUGCUCUACGGCCUGUGCGAAGACGCGUCCUCAGCCGCCACGCCCAGCAGCACGACGAUACCGGGCGGCAGCGCACACGCGUUCGCUUCGUUUACCGCCAGCAAAAACACCACAUUCCCGUCCACGCCGCUCAACAACUCGGUGAAGGGCCACAACUAA